CUUCGGUUAUGGGUUGGGACGUUGGGGAGCUGUGGUUUCUUCAGCCAAUCGUUGUUCGUGUUGCUGUUGCCGGGGGCCGUAGAUUCGUUUUCGGCGGCGGGAAAGGCGGUGGUAGUGGUGGCGGUUGGAGUGUCAGUUUCUGGAUCAGUUGAUGUCCUGGUGCUGGACACCGAGUGUGUGUGCGCAUCCCGGGAUGAUCCUGAGCCGGGCGCAGUACGGUCAGAUCAGCCGCUACCUGGAGAGGCUGCGGCCCAACAGACAGGGCCUGAAGCUGCUGAUGGAGCAAUUCCCCAGUCAAUCGCAGUCCACUCUGCUGAGCAUCUUCUCCCUGGAGUACCAGAAACGAAUGAAAAGGACACAUGCAAGACAUCACACAACAGAGGCUUGUGAAACUUACUACCAAAGGUACCUGAGUGGUGUGAUGAACAAUGCAGCUGCCCCUGUUCUCUUCGAGCUGGCCAAUGAGGUGGACCUAGCUCCUUCACUGAUGGCGAGAAUUGUACUUGAAAAAUUCCUGCAAGAACAUGAACAGGCUAUACCGAGCAAACCUGUCAUAAAUGGCAUGUUAAGGGACCCAUCUCAGAUUCCUGACAGGGUUCUAGCUAAUCAAGUCUAUCAGUGUACGGUGAACGACUCCUGUUAUGGACCAUUGGUAGACUGCAUCAAACAUGCAAUUGGACAGGAGCAUGAAAUUCUGCUUCGUGAAAAGUUGCAAAGAAAAAGACUGUCCUUUUUAGAUGAAGAUCAAUUGCGUGCUAAGGGCUAUGACAAAACCCCCGAUAUAAUUUUAGAGGUACCAAUUGCCGUUGAAGGUCAUGUGAUUCAUUGGAUUGAAAGCAAGGCGUCGUUUGGAGAUGAAUACAGCCACCAGUGCUACUUGCAGGAUCAAUUCUGGAGCUAUUGGAACAGAUUUGGGCCUGGAUUAGUGAUCUACUGGUGUGGAUUUAUUGAGGAGUUGGACUGUCACCGUGACCGUGGAAUCAUCCUCAAAGAUUGCUUCCCCGAAGACAUUGUAACCUUGCACUGCACCAUGGCCAAUAUUGACCUUGGAAAGGAUAGGUGAAUCCGGAAGUGAUUUUGCCUUUCUGCAUUGAGAACUACUGACAAAAUCUUGACUGAACUUUUGUUGAACUCCUGCUGCCCUGGGUCACCAUAAUACCUCUUUAGAAUAACACAUUUAGUGUUUCUGCUUUAUUUCGGCAACACACUUCUGUGAGCACCCAAGAACUUACAAACAUGUACCACUCAUUAUCAGUAUGCCUGUCUGUGUCAGUACUUUACAGAUAGUCCUAAUCUUUGCAACUUCCGAAUUCUUUUCUCCAGAAGAACUAAAAUUCUAAUGCCAGAAGGUACAAGUCAAAGUUUGUUUAAUUGAUUGAAAAGUUAGUUGUUUAGGUUUGUUACUGUACUAUGAAUUAAUGGGAUAACUUUUUUAAGAUGUAUUAAAUAACUGUUAGAUGGUUUCAAAUUCCUUAAUUUCAAAUUGAUUUACAAAGAGUAUUGUUAUGUUGCAUUAUCGCAAAUUUGUAAUUCAUCAAAUCAGCAGUCCAAAUACAUAAGGUGUUAAAACAGAAGGAGUGAAAUUCCUGGCAGCUACAUUCUUCAAACAUGAUUUCCAGUUAAUAGCCAGGAACACAACUUUGCUUUCUAAGAGCUCACAUGUACGAGGUGAUUUUGGGUCAGUUCUCAACAAUGUAACAGUUUGACAAUAUAUGUAAUAAAAACAAUUUUAUUUGUAUCUAA